AGAUUAUCUAGUUUUUACAGCUGAAAAGUAAAAAGAUGGCAAGAGUCAACGCUCUCCCGAGAAAUCAGCCCACGUAUUUCACGCUGGAUAAAGACGCCUUUGCCCCCACGCUAACUUUUCUUCCUUUCUCUCCAUAUCAAAAUCCAAUCCAAUUUUCUUUUGUUUCCUUAAGCAACAUCGUUCCAUUGAUACUCUUUGUAAAUCUUCUUGUUGGCAAUUCUUUCUACAAUCUUCAAAUGUCGGUUCCAGUGGACCAUACUAAUCAGAGUCUUGGAGCAGUACCACAGACAAAUGCUAAAACAAACUGGACAAUCAAUGGUUCAGAUAUAAGAACAGUUAAGGUCAGUAAUAUUUCUCUAGCUGCUUCUGAGAGGGAUAUCAAAGAAUUCUUUUCUUUCUCUGGCGAUAUUCAAUAUGUUGAAAUGGGAAGGGAGACCGAAAAUGCUCAGGUUGCUUAUGUUACCUUCAAGGAUUCACAAGGAGCAGAUACAGCAAUGUUGUUGACUGGAGCCACAAUCAUUGAUCUUUCUGUCAAUAUCACUCCUGUUGAGGAUUACCAGCUACCCCCCGAAGCUCUCCAACCAAACAUGGAGAAAAAGCCAGCUGUUACUGAUUCUAAUGUGAAAAAGGCUGAAGAUGUAAUGAGCACCAUGCUUGCCAAAGGCUUUGUCUUGGGAAAGGAUGCCGUCAACAAGGCAAAAGCAUUUGAUGAAUGGUAUCACUUGACCUCAAAUGCCUCUGCUGCAGUCACUUCUAUUGAUCAGAAAAUGGGUCUGAGUGAAAAGCUAAGCAUUGGGACAGCUGUCGUAAAUGAAAAGAUGAGAGAGAUGGAUGAGCGAUACCAAGUGUCUGAAAAGACAAAAUCCGCCUUGGCUGUUGCUGAGCACAAGGCAAGUAAUGCAGGAACUGCCAUCUUGAGCAAUCGAUAUGUAUCUACAGGAGCUUCAUGGCUUUCAAAUGCAUUUAAUGUAGUUGCAAGGGCAGCUGAGGAUGUGAGUAUGUUGACCAAGGAGAAGGUUGAAAAGGCAGAGGAGGAAAAAAAGGAUAUUAUUUACAAGGAGAGAACAGGGAUCAUCAAUGACUUUGCAAAGCUCCAUCUUGAUGAAUCUUCAGCGGCAGAGCCUCCAAUAGUUCCAGUUGAUUCAACUGAUAGUAAGCUUGGAAUGAUAUGAUUGCUUUUGAAUUUUCAUUUUCCUUUAAUGCCUUAAUUCUUUAUUCCUCCUUUUCCAUCCUUGCUGUUGUACAAUACACAAUGAAUUUCAGAUAUCGUGCUUUGAUCCGUGUGAAGAACUUUUAUCAGCAUCCAGAUGGAUGUGAUACUAUGUGAAUACAAUACUAAUCUUCGACAAUUUUUUUAACAUGCUUUGAGACAAACAUAGCACUUUCUUUACUCAUCAUAUUGUGCCUAGGAAUGAUUUUAUGGAGCCUUAAUAAUUUCUUUUAGUUGUCUUGUGCAACAUACCUGAUCUCAUCCUUGUGUUAGCAAAACAUGCCAUGCAUUGACAUUUAGAAAUUAUAUUCGCAUUUCAAUUGAAGUUGUUCUGUAGAAUAAGCAUUGCUGCAAUUGACAUUUGGUUGGCUAUGGAAUUUGCGAAAAUAGGUUUCUGACAUCAGACAGAAAGUAGUGUAGUGAACAAUUAUACGUUGAAAUAUUUUUUUGUGACUUUUGCAGUGUUUUGACACUAUCAUAAUCUGGUUCUCCUUUUUCAUCAUGUUCUCUCUAUUUUUUGUUAUCAGCAUUUUUCUUUUUAUUUUUGAAAAAAAACUGCCUGGCCCCUGGUGCCAUGCUUAUAUUAUGUACUUGUGGUCAUUAUUUAGUCAACUUGAGAACUGUUGUACCCAAAACCAGCAGUAGAUCUUGCAAUUUGUGUCUAUCCUUAUGUUUAUUUUGUGUUAAACACAUACAAAAUACAAAAAUUGUUAUUACAAUUCAUGUCACACAUCAAGUACGAAAUAUAU